CAUUUUAAUAAAUUCAGCUAUUUUUUGUCUUGUGAAUUAUAUGUAAACAUCUUUUAUGUAAAAUAUCUUAAUCAGGACAGUACUAAAUAAAAAUAACAUGCAUUUAGUAUGAUCUCUUAUUUUGUUAAAAUUUUUCACAGAUUCUGCAAGGGGUUCACAAACUUUCAAGUGGCACUGUAUAUAAAUAUAUAUAUAUAUAUAUAAUCCAUGGUGGUCAAGUCAAGUCACCUUUAUUUAUAUAGCGCUUUUAACAGUGCAGAUUGUGUCAAAGCAGCUUUACAGUGAUAACUGGUAUAUAAUUUUGGCUGCACAGCAGCUCUUAAAGAACAUGGUGUCAUUGUCCAUCUUAAGUAGAUUCAGUAUUGAUUCAUUCCGUUGUAAGAAUCAAUAGUUAUUAAUUAAGUUAAUUUAUCUAUAUCAGCACUGGAGUAAACAGUGCCACUGGAGUGGUGAUUCAACCAAUCAAAUUAAAAGACCUAACUGUAUUGAAAACAAUAUAGACCACUAUGAAUGCAUUAUAGUGAGAUUUCAAAGCAUGUAAGAAAACAAAAACAUAGACAUAAUUUUAAUGUGACACUUUUUCUAUACUUUCAUUUUAUUCCCCUUGAAUAAAAUAAAAACUUGAUUUUUAUUUUUUGGUGUGCAUCUCUUUCAUGGAGCUAAAUAUAAAUUAAUGUAUGUACAAAGUAUGAUUACUUAAACUCUUUGGCAUGUUACAUAUUGUUAUUUUUUCAAUGUGUUUGUAAAUGCUUAAUGUUCUAUAAUAAAACAAUAGAAUGAAAUGUAUACAGUGUCUCGUCCAUGCUAACAGUAGGUGGCGGUAAUGCGCUAUUUAAGUUUGCGAGCCGCUUCUAAACAAAAGAAAAGAAGAGUCUCUUGCUACUGGAUGGAGGGGAGCUGGGCGCCAAAAUAGUAUUUUUUUUUUCAUCAUUUGUACUUUUAGCUCAUUGUUGAAAGAGACUAAUUAAGAUUAAGCCCAGAAAAACCCUGUGCAUAUCCCGAAUAUCACAAGUGUGUGAUCUCCUGCUGUAAAGAUGAUUUUUGUGAAAAAGGAGAACGAGGUAAUGUGGGAUCCAGAACCCUGCAGAAUAAAAAAUGAGGAACAAGCAGACCUGAUGGAAGUGAAAGAGGAAAGUCGAGAUCUGGAUGAAGUGGAGGAGAAACAUCAGCAUCAGAAAGCUGAUGAUUCCAUAAAUGGAGAACAAUCAUUGAGUUGCUCUCAAAAUGAAAACUAUUUCUUACAAAGCAGCACUCAAAAAGCAGAAGUCAAAGGACCCUACACAAGUCCUCAUUGUGGAAAAGCUUUCACAUGUAAAAGAAACCUCUCUGAACAUAUGAUAGUUCACACUGAAGAGAGUCCUCACACAUGUCCUCAAUGUGGAAAGACUUUCAAACGAAAAGCAAACCUCAAGAAUCACAUGAGAACUCACAAUGGAGAGAGACCUUUCACCUGUCCUCAGUGCGGAAAGACAUUCCAACACAAAGGACAUUUUAAGAGUCACAUAUUAAGUCACAAAGAUGAAGAGAAACUUUUUAUUUGCUCUCAGUGUGGAAAAAGAUUCACAUGUAAAAAUAAGCUUAGUAAACACACAUUAAUUCACACUGGAGAGAAGCCGCACCCGUGCCCUCAUUGUGAAAAGGAAUUUGCAUGUAAAGAAAACCUUGAAAGUCACGUAAAAAUUCACACUGGAAAGGGCCUUUUCACAUGCCAUCAUUGUGGGAAGGGUUUCACUCUCAAAGUAAAGUUGAAUCAACACAUGCAAAUUCACACAGGAGAGAACCUGGGCCCUCAGUGUGGAAAGAGUUUCAUUAAUAAAACUCAAGCUGAAACUCACGUGAGAGUUCACACACAAAAAAAGACCUAUACGUGUCAUGAGUGCGGAAAGAGUUUCACAUGGGGAAAUAGUCUCAAAUAUCAUCUGCGCUGCCAUCACGGUGGAAUAAAGGAAUUUAACUGUGAUCUCUGCGGUAAAAAAUUUGCAACAGCAUCAUGCCUAAAGAGACACCUGAAUGCUCAUACAAAAAAGAAGACUUAUGACUGUUCUGUUUGUGGAAAGAGUUUUGUAUGGAUUGACUCUUUUAAAAGGCACCAGAAGGCACAUGGGAACGUGAAAACCCAUGUGUGCUGUGAGUGUGGAAAAGCCUUUAGUAGAGUUGACUAUUUGAUAAAACACCAAAGAGUCCAUACUGGAGAACGACCGUACAGUUGCUCAUAUUGUGGAAAGAGUUUCAUGCAGUCAGGAAACCUGAUAACACAUGAAAAACUGCACACCAGAGAGUCGCUCAAUGUCACACUAAAGAAAGAGCGUUUUACCUGCCCUCAGUGUGGAAAGAGUUAUACACGUAAAGGACGACUUCAGGAACAUAUGAUGAUUCACAUUGAAGAAAACCCUCACAUGUGUCCUAAUUGUGGAAAGACAUUCGCGCGAAAAGCAAACCUCAAGAAUCACAUGAGAACUCACACUGGAGAGAGGCCUUUCACCUGCCCUCAGUGUGGAAAGACAUUCCUACACAAAGGAAAUUUUAAGAGGCACAUGUUAAGUCACAAAGAAGGGAAACUUUUCAAUUGCUCUCAUUGUGGAAAAAGAUUCACAUGUAAAGGUAACCUUGAUAAACACAUAUUUGUGGGCAGUUGUGGCCUAAUAAUUGGAGAGUCUGACUUUUCGCAGGUUCUAGUCUCAGCACCGGUAGGCAAUGUAGGUGAGGGAAGUGAAUAAACAGCUCUCUUUUUCCCUUGAGCAAGGCACCUAACCCCCAAUCGCUCCCCAAGAAAUGAACAAUUUUCCAAAUGCUCCCCAGGCGCCGCAGCAAAAAUGGCUGCCCACUGCUCUGGGUGUGUGUGCACUUGGAUGGGUGAAACGCAGAGCACACAUUCUGAGUAUGGGACACAGUACUUGGCUACACGUCACGUCAUGUCACUUUUAAUUCACACUGGAGAGAAGACGUACAGUUGAAUCCAACGUUUAUUGAAUCCAACUGUCUCUUUAAGCAACACCACUAAUUGUUUGUGUGCUGAUUGUGCAUCAUAAAAAUAAAAAAAAGUUUUGUCAAAAUUAUGUGUGAUCAAUUAAUGCG